UAGCGACUAUACGAGGUCGAAGAGCCUGGGCUAUGUGAAGUUCAUUGUAGGUCCAAUAGUCCAAAGUACUUAAGAAGACUGAUUUGCUUUGAUAUUCAUACCCAAAUCAAGGAGAAAUUAAACUGCCUAAAUGAAUAGUCCAAACUUCUGAAUCACCACUACUGGCGAGUCUCGGUACGAAAAGUAAAUAGUGAAUAGCGAGAACUGAAAAAUUAUAGCUAAAUAUUGAUCUUGAACUACUAGCACUCACUACAGCAUCAUGUCAUCACCCCUAAAUCCAAAGACAACUCAUUGGGAGUUCUCAGGAUUACCAGGAGCUAUAGGAAUUACAUUAGGAUUACCUACAUUAAUUAUAUUCUUUGCCCUAAUUACCAAUGAAAAUUACUCUUUAACAGGCAUCAAUCUUGAUAUUCAAGCUAUCAUAGAUCAAUUACCUCAAAACAGUACUGAAUGGAUAGAUCUUUGUUUCGACAAAACUUGUUGGUUAGCAUACCUCACAUGGUUUUUUGGUUUAGUCAUUUUAGAUUUCAUUCUUCCUGGUAGAAGUUUAAAUGGUGUUACUCUCAGAGAUAAUACUAAAUUAAACUAUAAGAUCAAUGGUCUUGCUAUGUCAGGAACUUUACUCGCCGUUUUGGCUGCUAGAGUAUACCAAUCUACCAAUUGGUACUUACCUGAAUUACAAUUCAUUUAUGACAAUCAUUUGAAAUUAACUAUUGUUACCACGAUUUUUUCCUUCUUAUUGGCCAUAUUUGUAUACAUAACCUCUUUCAUACCUUUGAUUACCCCCAAUGGUGUUAAAACCAGAGAGAGAGUCUUAUCGGUCAAUGGGAAUACAGGAUCUGUCAUUUAUGAUUGGUUUAUAGGUCGUGAAUUGAAUCCUAGAAUAGGUACUUGGGAUAUCAAAUUGUUUUGUGAAUUACGUCCUGGAUUAUUAUUAUGGUUUCUCAUUAAUUUAUCAUGCAUUCAUAAUCAGUAUCAUAAAUAUGGUGAAAUCACAGAUUCAUUAGUCUUGAUCAAUGCCUUACAAGCUUUCUAUGUAUUUGAUGGAGUCCUCAAUGAAGAAGGGUUAUUAACUAUGAUUGAUAUUACUACUGAUGGGUUUGGUUUUAUGCUUGCCUUCGGUGAUCUCGCCUGGUUACCAUGGUCAUAUUCACUUCCAGCAAGAUAUGUUUGCUUACCUGAACAUAAAGUCAGCUUGGGAUUCUCAAACAUUGCAUUAAUUCUUGGUAUAAAAGUCCUUGGCUAUUACAUCUUCCACUCUUCCAACAAACAAAAGUCUGACUUCAGACAGGGUAAGCUCGAUCAUCUUAAUUUAGUUAGCAUUCCUACCAAGACAGGAUCCAAAUUGUUAUGUGAUGGAUGGUGGGGAUUAUCCCAACAUAUAAACUAUUUAGGUGAUUGGUUAAUUGGUUGGUCAUGGUGUUUACCAACUGGAUUUCAAACUCCAUUAACGUAUUUUUAUGUUAUAUAUUUUGGAACUUUAUUGUUACAUAGGCAAAUGAGAGAUGAAGCUAAAUGUAGAGCUAAAUAUGGUAAACAAUGGGAAGAAUAUGAGGCCAAAGUUCCUUAUAAAAUAAUCCCUUAUGUAUACUAAACAAAAACUUGUAUAUAUAUUGUAAAAUAUAAAAUUACAUAGAGAAAAGGAUUAAUAUGGCUUUUUCUGAAUCGAC